AGUCCCAACUCGACGGACGGCAGCAGCGACAUGGCGUCGGAGCAGGACGUGCGCGCCCGGCUGCAGCGCGCUGGCCAGGAGCACCUCCUGCGCUUCUGGGCCGAGCUGGCGCCGGAGUCGCGAGCCGCGCUGCUGGCGGAGCUGGCGCUGCUGGAACCCGAGGCGCUGCGCGAGCACUGCCGGCGGGCGGCGGAGGCCUGCGCGCGCCCCCACGGCCCGCCGCCGGGCUUGGCCGAGCGCCUGCGGCCCCUGCCCACCGAGAGCGUGGGCAGGGCCAGCCACAGCGACCCCGAGACGCGGCGGCGCUGGGAGGAGGAAGGUUUCCGCCAGAUUGCCCUGAACAAGGUGGCCGUCCUGCUGCUGGCGGGGGGACAGGGCACUCGCCUGGGCGUGACCUACCCCAAGGGUAUGUACCGUGUGGGGCUGCCCAGCCGGAAGACCCUGUACCAGCUGCAGGCGGAGCGGAUACGGCGGGUGGAGCAGCUGGCCGGUGAGCGCCACGGGACCCGCUGCACCGUCCCCUGGUACGUCAUGACCAGCGAGUUCACUCUGGGGCCCACGGCCGAGUUCUUCAGGGAGCACAACUUCUUCCACCUGGACCCCGCCAACGUGGUCAUGUUUGAGCAGCGCCUGCUGCCUGCUGUGACCUUUGAUGGCAAGGUGAUCCUGGAGCGGAAAGACAAAGUUGCCAUGGCCCCAGACGGAAACGGGGGCCUCUACCGCGCACUGGAGGACCACAAGAUCCUGGAGGACAUGGAGCGCCGAGGAGUGGAGUUUGUGCACGUGUACUGUGUGGACAACAUCCUGGUGCGACUGGCAGACCCUGUCUUCAUCGGCUUCUGUGUGUUGCAGGGCGCAGACUGUGGCGCCAAGGUGGUGGAAAAGGCAUACCCCGAGGAGCCCGUGGGCGUGGUGUGCCAGGUGGACGGCGUCCCCCAGGUGGUGGAGUACAGCGAGAUCAGUCCUGAUACCGCACAGCUGCGUGCCUCCGACGGGGGCCUGCUGUACAAUGCAGGCAACAUCUGCAACCACUUCUUCACCCGAGGCUUCCUUAAGACGGUCACCAGGUGUGCGGCAGCGGGUGGCUGCGGAGUGCCGGCCAGUGCCGCCUGCGCUGACCGGGGACCCGUGGAGGAGUUUGAGCCUUUGCUGAAGCCACACGUGGCUGUGAAGAAAGUCCCGUAUGUGGAUGAGGAGGGGAAUCUGGUAAAGCCGCUAAAACCCAACGGGAUAAAGAUGGAGAAGUUUGUGUUUGAUGUGUUCCGGUUUGCUAAGAACUUUGCUGCCUUUGAAGUACUACGGGAGGAGGAAUUUUCCCCACUGAAGAACGCAGAGCCGGCCGACAGGGAUAGUCCCCGUACCUCCCGCCAGGCCCUGCUCGCCCAGCACUACCGGUGGGCUCUCCAGGCAGGGGCCCAUUUCCUGGAUGCCCAUGGGGCCUGGCUCCCAGAGCUGCCCGGCUUACCCCCAAAUGGAGACCCUCCGGCCAUCUGUGAGAUAUCGCCCUUGGUGUCUUACUCUGGAGAGGGUUUAGAAGUAUAUCUGCAAGGCCGGGAGUUCCAGUCCCCGUUCAUCUUGGAUGAGGACCAGGCCAGGGAGCUACUACAGCCGCAGGAGUCCUGACACCCCCAGACUGCCCCCAGACUGCCCCCAGACCUGCCAGCCCUGGUGUCCUGGAGCUGAGGGCUAUGGCCCCAGCCUGAGCUCUGGAUGGGAGAGCAGCCUGCCACGUGCUUCCGGUCUGCAGAACACAGAAUGAAACAUGCUGGUAGACUCCAUGAGGGCAGGGCCUCUCCUGUCGCCUCUGGAUACAAGUGGCUACAGCCUGCUGGGGGCUCUGUGGCUCCAUUCCCAGAUGUGGGGUCCAGUCGAGAGGCAGAGGGACUUGGGACCUGGGAGAAUGGGGUUGAGAGGAGGCUUCGGGUUGGGGCCCAAGGGAGGUGUGGUGUCAUCUGGGGAGAACAGGAGAGCACAUCCCUUUGGGAGCCCGCCCUGGGAGCCACCUCACCCAGUCGAGCACUGGAAGCUGCAUAAGCUACGCAGGACGUGCUUCUGCAGCCUACCGAGGCAGAACCGGAAUGAGGGGAACAAUUCCACCCAGUUGAGGGCCGCCCCCUCCUCCUCAGCAGCUGAACCAGUAAUGGGGGCAAGGCUGGGGCAUCCCAGCCCACAUACCCUGGAUGCCCAGCAAGGCCACAGAAAGGGCCCGAUGUCCGUGAUUCAGAUGGCUCUGAGAAACUUGGCCUGGACACCUGAGGCUGCGGCCGGUACUCCUGCCUUCUCCCCAUCUAUCCCCAAGGCCUCUGCCUCUCAGCUUCUUCCAUGGUCCGUUUAGGCUGCUGAAUUUUCUGUGCUUCCCCAACAACCAGUGGGAUCAAUGCUGGUGGCCUCUGUGAUGGUUGCUGACUAAUCCGGGAUUUCAUGAGUCAGAGGCACUACCCCUCGCCCCAGCUGCCUGCUGCUUCUGAUGGAUCUUCGUGCUUAGGCUGCCCACCUCUCCGAGUGAGGACUCAGCCUCCAUAUUUGGUGCCUUGGUCCCUCCCUGCACUCGGGAGUGGCUGGGACAAGCCAGCUGACCCAGGGUUCUUCCCCUGGUGACUCUCACCUGCUUUCUCAUCUCGGGGGAGGCAGUGGCACCUCCCUCUCCUUGCUGACAUGAAGAGAGCUAUGAUAUGCAACUGCUGCUAACGCAUCCUCUGCCCCCACCUCGAAACCCACAGCCCCUAGUAGAGGGCCGCUACUCAUCCCCACUGGUUUCCCAGGGGAGGGGUGUUGUCUGGAAGGGCAGGUUCAGAUGUAGCCUUCCAGAUUUAGAGGCACUGGGAGGACAGUGGCUGAGUGGAGGCACCCAGACCUGGGCAGGCAGCAGGCUCAGGCCCACACCUUGUGAUUUUUGAAACCAAAGCCUUCCCUCUCCCUGGCUCUGCCCUUCUUACUGCAAACCAUGCUGUGCCUUAGGGCCCUUCUCAUAGCUGCUCCUCAUGGCCAUGACUGGAACAGGGAUGCAACCUCUUUCUACAUAAGCAUAGUUAGCUGGGUGAAAUCUUUUUUUUUUUUUUUUUUUUGAGAUGGAGUUUCACUCUUGUUGCCCAGGCUGGAGUGAAGUGGGGUGACCUUGGCUCACUGCAACCUGUGCCUCCUGCCUCAGCCUCCCGAGUAGCCAGGACUACAGUCACCCACCACGAGGCACCAGGCACCUCUUUUAGUAGAGACGGGGUUUGACCGUGUCAGCCAGGAUGGUCUCCAUCUCCUGACCUCGUGAUCCACCCACUUCGACCUCCCAAAGUGCUGGGAUUAUAGGUGUGAGCCACCGCGCUGGGCGGGUUGCUGGCAUCUUAAUGUUCUGUAGGUGGGACAUUUCCAAUAAACACAAGGUGCUGUGAUUGA